AUGAGAUGGACUUUGAAACUGUAAACAAAACAAGAAUCAUGGAUGAUAGACAAAAAAAUAGUUUGUUUCACGAUCGGCCGAAUGACAUUCACCGUGAAUGUCAAAUUUGGAUUGGAUGAUACACAACAAUCAGAUUGCUGAAAAAUUGAAAAAAAGUGUCGCAUAGAAAAUAGUACAAAAAUUCUAUUCACUAGUUUUAUCUCGCUAAUAUGUCAGUAGUCAUUUAAUUGAGCUUCAUUAAGUUGGUGACUGCCAUAGGUACCAUCAAUCGUGGUCCAGCUAAUGUCCGUGUUUCCUCUGUUAAAAGAUUUUAUAAGUCGUUCCAAUAAUAAUUUCGUAUGUCUUUUGAAAUGAUUUGAACCGGUCGAACCAUAUCUAGAGCUAGUGAGCUAUGUGACAACCGCUCGUUUUAUGCACACAUACUUUUUCCCAAUCUUUCUGGUCUUCGGCGUAAGGCAAUAUGUAAAUAUAAUGAUUGCAGCAAUCACAUCGCAUAUCAGUGUCAUUCUCUUAAAGUGGAUAUUGGCUGGAACGCGGCCGUAUUGGUGGGUCAAUGAAACGGAUAUAUUUACAAAUUUAACGCGGCCAUACGUGCGACAAACAUAUCUUACAUGCGAAACAACGGCCGGAAAUCCAUCGGGACAUGUUAUGUUCACCGCAUCGAUUUUAUUCUUUGUCAUUCGAACGAUAUUCUAUCAAUCGCCAUGGUUUCGACGCUAUUUGAACAAACCGUUCAAGUAUUUCUUGUGGAAUGUAUACGUUGGCAUUUUGGGCUUUGUAUCCAUUUCCCGAAUGUUUUUCGCUUGCCACUUUUUCCAUCAAUGCGUACUGGGCAGCUGCUUCGGCAUUACAAUCAGCCAAUUUUUACAGCAUCGAAAAAUCAAUCGAUUCAUUACGGAAAUAGAUCGCGCAAAGGGAUUACUGUUGGGCUUUGCCGUUUUGAUACUAUGCAUCUCCGUUUAUUAUGCACAUUUUAUUAUAGCUCGUGACCCACAAUGGGCAGUUAAAAAAGCUUUCAAUUGGUGCAAAGACCCAUACUACAUUAAACCCGAAACAACACCUAUCUAUUCACUGGCCCGUGAAUUCGGAAUCAUGUUUGGAUUGAUUCUUUGCUCACCACAAGCAAAAAGGUUCAACAUUCAAAUGGAUGUUAAGUGGAGUUUGCCAGCCGUUAUUGUCAUCACAUGCAUCAAUAAGUACAUUCUCAGUCAAAUACCACGAUGGAAUGGAGCGCUCAUUUUCUACUCUGCCACAUUUGCGGCCAAUCUAGCAUUUGUUAUGCUUCUUUUGAAUAUCGUUCCGUUAAUCGCUCAAAAACGUAAAAUUAAAGAUUAAAUCGGAUUUGAUUCGGGCUCAAUUACUGAUGACAAAAUACUACAGACUGAUCGGACAUUAUUUAUUCCCAUAAAUAAGACUUAAAUAAAAUUUGCACAAUUUUCAUUGGAA